AUGGAAAAUAUAAAUAAUUCAAAUAUUAAAAAGGAAGAAAGAACUCCUAAUAGAAAGAAUAGAAAAAAAAAUGGAAGAAAUAAAGAAAAAAAAAAUAAUACCUUAUAUGAUAAGCAAAAUGUAGAAAACUUAGAAAAAUGUAGCUCAUUAAAUUAUGAUGAUGAAAAGGGGAAUGUUGUAAUUAAUAAAUUAGAAGAUGAACAAAAGGAAAAAAUACAAAGCAGUGAAGAAAAUUCAAAAAAUUUCUUAAUAGGAAAAAUCACCGGUUCAAAUGCAAAGGAAAUAAUGGAAAAUGAUGAUAAAACACAAACAAAAAAUAAGGAUAUAACAAAUUCUGCAGAAGAUAAUAAUAUAAAUGAAAGUGAUAAUGCAUAUGAAGGAAAAAGAAACAUAGAUAUCAGUUUGGGAAAUGCUGAAAUAGUAGUAGAACCGUUAGUAUUUGAAGAGAAAUUAAAAAUGUGGAAAGGUACAGUUGAUUCAAUAAAAGAAAAAAAAGAAGAUGAAAAAAAGUUGCAAGAGCAAAGACAAUUAAAUUUAGAAAAUGUAAAGCUUGCUCAUAGUUUAAAUAAAGAAGAGAAAAUAUUACAACAGAUGUAUUUGGAACAAUUAAAAAAAGAUGAAGAAUUGGCAAAACAGUUAGAACAAGAAUUAAAUGCAGAAAUAAGAAAUGAAUUAACUAAAAUUGAACAAGAUGACUUUAAGAUUGCAACUAUUAUUCAAAAUUCUUUUGAUUCUGAAGAAAACCAACAGAAUAAUAAUACAAACAAUGGGCAAUCAAAUAAUAAAAAAGUAUCUAAGUUAAAGUUAUUAAAAGAAAAAUUUAGAAAAUUUUUUAAAAAGAAAUCGUCUAAAUAA